AGUCAAAAUGGUCGCCCCUUUGGUUAAGCGUACCAUCAUCAAGAAGCGCACGAAGAAGUUCAAGCGCCAUCAAUCUGACCGUUACAAGAAAGUUGAUGAGUCAUGGAGGAAGCCCAAGGGUAUCGACAACCGUGUCAGGAGGCGAUUCAAGGGCCAGAUUGCUAUGCCCAAGAUCGGAUACGGAUCUAACUCCAAGACCCGUCACCUUUUGCCCAACGGCUUCAAGAAGUUCCUGGUUAACAACGUCCGUGACCUUGAGCUUCUGUUGAUGCACAACCGCGUCUUUGCGGCCGAGAUCGCCCACAACGUUUCUUCCCGGAAGCGUGUUGCUAUCGUCGAGCGCGCUGCCCAGCUGAACGUUAAGGUCACCAACGCCGCUGGUCGCCUGCGCACUGCUGAGAACGAAUAGGUGCUGGGUACAAUGUAAUAUAUCCUUUUUGUUCUCAACAAUGAUGGUCGCACAAUUUUGUUUCCAAAUGGCUUUGGGACAUGAUUUGGAGGAAAUGAUUUGGAGAUGGAAGUUUUGGCUUGAUGAUGGGACUUGGGCGUCGAUGGGGAUGGAGGGUCGGGAGUAGGACGGAAGCAAUGUUGAACUGCGAUGCGAGCGCGCUAUAAUGCCCCGUCUCUCAUACCGUGACGGUGUGGAAUGCCGACACCCUCCGCCCGAAAGAAGGGAAUGAAGGCGCUUCAUAACUGUAGAAGUGGGAUAAAUCAUCUGGCCAACGUCUUUGAGCGCCAUUCCAGUGUCCGG